AUGUCUGGAAAAAGUGGGGGAUAUUUCAUGGGCGACAAAAAUAUUUUUGAAGCAAAUGAGGUAGAACCUUGCGUCACUUCUUUUCCUAUUUUCUGUCCCACCUCCUCCGCGUUGGAACAGAGGAACAUAGUGGAUGCAUCACUGCCUCUUCCCUUCCUCUGCUCAUCUUGCAGGUCCUUCCUCAGCUACCCAAAUGGUGACGUAGUGUCUCGAAACCGCGUACAGCAGAUUGAUGGUGCCAUAGAAUCGACUCAAUUAAAGUCAAGGUCAUGUACCAUCCCCGAUGACUAUCUACGUAGCAAUAUGGAGACGGAGGGAUUCAAGUAA